AUGGCAGAAAUAGAUAAUUCUCUCAGUAACUUGUUUGCUUCUGGCGAAGCAUUAUAUAACUCGAUUGAAAACUCGGGUCUUGCGUCUUCUGAUAUAAAAUACCAAGAAGAUGUUCGUCGUGCCUUAGGAUGCUUUUCAAAAAGUGCUUUCUUGGAAAGUCUUAGGAAUCAAACUCUAUCGAUUUGGAAAAUGCGACAAAUUAUAACCAUUGAUUCUGUUCUCAAUAGAUUUUUAUUAGUGGAAGCAUAUCUUGGCAAUCUGACCGUUAAAUUAAUCGAGGGUGAAAGACUUGAUAUAUUGAAAAAAGCAAAGCAAUAUCACGAACAAUUCCUUCGAAAUGUCGAAUUACAUGAGAUCUUAACAAAAGAGGAUAGGAAUUAUAUGGAAGAGCAAAGUAGCGAUUUCACAAAGAAUGCAGCAAAGACGCGUGAAAUCAAGAUCGUUCGCUAUAAGCGAAAAAUUGCCCUAGAAAAAGAAGUCAAAGAAUUAGAAACAUUAGGAGAAAUGAUCGAUGAGAGUACAAGGCGCAAACACGUCCUUAAACUUAUAGAAUUAUUUAUUCAAAAAUCUUUUGAUGAGUUGACCUCAAUAAAACAAGAAACAGAAUUGCUCGAAAAAAUGCAGAUGACGCAAGAUCAGGGUACUGAACAAAAAAAGACGAGUGAACUGUAUCAGGCUGAUUCGCGACUCAAAAAUACCAACGGGCCUUUAUUGUCCAAGGAGGGUCGGCCACUUCAACCAUUCAUAAUUACUAAUCAACGAGAAGCAAUACAGCAACAAGUAUUUCGACCUGGUUGGCGAUUACCCACAAUGACAGUGGAUGAAUAUCUUCAACAGGAAAUGAAUAGGGGCAAUAUAAUAAGUGGAGGAGGUAAAAUACCAGAAAAAAAGGAAAUUGACGACAAUGAUGAAGGUGCAAUCGACGCUGCCACGUAUAAAGCUCGCGAAAUGGAUGAAUUUAAAGAUACAAAUCCACGUGGUUGGGGGAAUCGUAUGGGCAAAGGAUAA